AUGAGGCUAGUCUCCCUGAGUCUCAUGGGGUCCUCCCUCCUCACGGGGCCCGCCCUGGCGACGGUCCCCAUACUCACCGAGGUCUCACUGAGGGGCUGCGCCGACAUCUCCUGCCCGGCCGGCGCCGUCGACGACCUCGUCGGCGAGUCUAACUGCACCCUCGGCGGCUCCGUCCUCCGCCGCGUCGGCAUCGCGCCUGAAGUCAUCGAUAUCCCUCUCGACGACAGCGACACGGCCGACAUUCGUAAGCUAUCCCUCACCGUAGCCACCGUCGCCCAAUCCGGCGCUGGCGCCGGCAGCGCCCAGGGCGGCGGCGGCGGCGGUUCCUCCUCUUCCAGCGGUGGCUGGAUGAAGAAGCAGAUCUAUACCCAGUCCUACUACCUAGGCGCCCCCGCCGGCCUCGACCUCGCCUCAGACCGCUACCCCAAGGGUUGCGCCCUCAUCUUCCAGCACCUCUUCCAGACCCUGCCCAUUGCCCACGAGGUCCCCGAUCUCGACACCACCGACUGCAGCCCCUGGCUGCAGCAGUCGUGCAUGGACGAGAUCACCGGCUACGUCGACGACUUCCGCGCCGACUACGCCGGGAACGAGACCCUGCCCCGCUGCCAGGAGAUGGCCAUGUACCUCGAGGACCGCACCCGCCGCGAUAGGAACUUCCGCUGCAACCUCAUCGCCGGCGCCGUCAACAUCACCGGCGCCGAGAUUAUCGGGCCCGACGCCCCCACCGAGCUGGUGGCGCAGGCUGCAGGCGGCGACGGCGGCGACGGCGACGACGACGACGACGAUAGCUGCCACCCAACCCUGCCCCCGUCGUACAACUUGCUCAAGCUCGCUGAUGUCGAGCUCGUCCUCGACAGCGAGGGGAGCACGACCAGGCCGACGGGCGGGCUCAACGGCUACACCCCCGUCAUGAGCGUGCUGUUCGACAAGCUGCUCUACUCACAGUGGAUCUGCAUGAAGACGAUGAGCGAAUUCGACGCGAGGAACUCGGGUACGAGGACGGGCGUCCCCGCGAUGGCUGGCUUCGUCAUGGGAUUGACGACCGUGCUGACUAUUCUGCUGUUGUGA